AUGGCUUUCACUCGUUCCAUCGCUCUAUUCGCCGGCCUGGCGCUGGCUGCCUCGAGUGCUCAGGGAGCGACGAUUCUUGGCGGCUACACGCAGAAGAACGCAACAAGUGACGAUAUCGAACUUCUCACGCAGGCGACAAGCAGCGCCAACAUGUACAACAAGAAUGUGGACACGAGGAUCUGCCUCAUUGCUAUCGAGAACCUCGAGACGCAAACGGUGGCCGGCACCAACUACAAAUUCCAGGUGGCGGGUUGCCCCGUGGAAACGGACGACGAACUUGGAGCCUGUGACGAUCGCAACUGCGACUACUCCAGCUACAACAUUGUUAUCUUCUCUCAGCCGUGGAGUGACACGAUCGAAGUGACGUCCAUUACGCCUGCAGAGUACCAAGGAUAA